AUGUUACUGGCAGAAUCUUUCUGGGAGUUACACAGAGAUCAUAACCCAGAUAUUACAUUCCCAGAGGUAUUUUGGUAUGGAACAUCAACAAGAAAUGUCCGUAUAGAAAGUUGGUGGGGACAGCUUACAAAGGGGGCAACAGCCGAUUGGAAGAAAUAUUUCCGUACACUUCAACAGGAAAACCUAUUUCAAGAAGACAAAUUGGAGGACAUGAUAGCUAUUCUUUAUACCUAUAUGCCUAUCAUACGGGCCAAGCUACAUCAGUUUGUUGAGAACUGGAAUAAUCAUAAGAUACGGAAACAAAGUAACAGACCCAAUCUUCCCACCGGGGAACCCUACUACAACUACUAUUUUCCACCUGACGGUGUCAACAAUUAUGAGCAAAUACCUUUUCUAAAUACGAUUGAAAGUAUUAGAGAUAAGAAAUUAAAAAAUAGCUACACAAAUGAGUACUAUGAUCAUGAUUCCUAUCUCCCCAAUUCAACAAUGGACUACUGCGCCCGUAUGCUUUCAAAAGGAGAUCUACCUGCCAAUGGGGUACAGUAUGAGGACAUCAUGCCUGAUGGUAGAAAGACUCAUUUUGUUAUGUAUACCUUCCUUAAAGCCUAUCUAGGAAGACACAUUCAGAAGGGAAAUCAAAAUCCCGUACUCUCAUUGUUGUUAAAGCCCCGGGAGGUAUCUUCUAUUAGGGGACGGGGUGCAGCACACUUGGUUGCAGAAUUCCCUGAUGAAAAUUUACCGGACAUAACCGAUAAUGAACUAAGUCAAGAGGAAGAUUCAGAUUGGGAGUAA